AUGUCACCCAUAUGUGGAGGCUUGAGCGAGGCGAGACCUGUCAGUGAUUCGGUGAGGCGCUUGUGUGAACAGCUCCGUCCAGCCAUGGAACAGAGCAACAAGGCGAACGCCGCUUUCACUGAGUUCGAGCCAAUAUCAUACAAAAGCCAGGUGGUUGCUGGCACCAACUACUUCGUUAAGAUUAAGGUCGGCCCGGAAGAUUUCGCUCAUGUUCGGAUUUUCCAGUCGCUUACCUGCACUGCUGCAUCGCGACGGCUGUUCUCUCACAGCUGUCCUGUGUCCGAGGACUCCUCCUCAUCAUCGAGUUGUAGCAGCUGCCAGACAGGUUGCGGGGGCUCGACUUGGUAUCUGGGAGCCGAGGAUGAGGCCGCCUCGAGCAACCCUUACGUUCAGUGGUUCGACCUCCAUAUGAAUAACAGGGCGAUCACUCGAGGUUUCAAGUUUGACCGCCACUUCGGAAGUCCGUCGGAGCUGGAUCCCCUCUAUGUCGUGGAGCUCGACAACUUAGCUAUGUGCUCUCAAAAGACCAACUUUCUCAAUCCACUGCUGAAAGCUAAAAUUAUCCGCCUUCUACGCGAUUUCGGUAACAAGAAGGACGUGGAACGCUACGCACGUUAUGUGAUGCAACGGCAGAGGAGUAGGAGCAGCACGGAACUACCGAGAGUCCUCUCGAGUGCAUUCCUACCAGAGAAGGAAGAGGACAAGGAGAAAAGUCGGCUUGAUCGCAUAACCAAAGGUCAACAUUUCCAAGAGUUGAAACAUACCAUGCCGGAGCUCUUCGAUCCCGAGAAGUCCCAAGAGAUUUCGGAACUGCAGCGGUUGUCCAUUGCUCAUGCUGAAGAUAGUCGUCAUCGACUCUACCAGCAGUUCUACUCCCCUGAGGCUGCAGUUGCCUAUCUGGCUCAUCGAUUCCCUCCGGCUUAUGCUGUGAAUUUUAGAGUACUCCAUGAGGUUAUGAAGAGGUGUCCAGACUUCAAACCAACAUCCAUACUGGAUUAUGGCUCGGGUCCAGCACCAUCAGUGUGUGCCGCAGCAGAUGUAUGGGGACAGAGGCUCAUCAAACGGGUCGUCUGUGUCGAACCGAGUUUACACAUGAAGCAGAUGGGCAAGUACAUACUCUCCGAUUACUCUGCUAAUGUCGAGUGGAGCUCUCAACUAUAUGAUGGCAAGAAUCAGAGGCAAAGUAUCAUUACUGUUAGCUAUGUUCUGAUGCACCUGAAGGGACAGGAGGCCCGCGAUCUGCUGAUACGGAAUCUAUGGAACCGAUUAGAAGACGGAGGAGUGUUGGUCGUCAUCGAAGCCGGGACGCCGACUGGUUUUCGGUUCAUCCAUCAUAUUCGAGAGUUGUUCAUUAUGCAGCUCCCGAAUAAAGCUUUUCACUUCGUGGCGCCCUGUCCUCACGAGUCUAUGUGCCCUCUGGCUACCACUGGAAGAGACUGGUGCCACUUCCAUCAAGGCGUGAAGAGGCUUCCUCACUACGUUUAUAAUAAGGGUUCUCAAGCGCGGCAUGUUGAGUGGGAAAAGUUCAGUUUCUUAGUGGUCAGGAAAGGAGAGGGUCCACGACAAAAGUACAGCAAGGAAGAGGAUGCGUUGACCGCGGCCGAAAGAUCCUAUUUUUGGCCGAGACUUCUCAUGCCUCCGAUAAAGGCUGGUGGCCAUACUCUAGUCGAUGCUUGUAGUGCCCCGAAUAACUUUGAGAGGCUCUCCGUCUCCAAAGCCAAGCCCCACACUAUGGGGUAUAGAUUCUCCCGUAAAGUGAUGUGGGGAGACCUGUGGCGCUUCCCGAAAAGAGUUAAUCGUCGUAACGCUCGGGAAUACGUGCCCGACGAGACCAAGCGGCAUCUGGAGCGUCUGGCGAAAAAGGCCUAUGAGAAUAUACGCGGUAAAAAGGGCCGGGAAGUGGGCACCACUAAGGAGGAGUUCAAAGAAGAGAAGAGAGAUGAGUCACUACACUAUGGUAAAUGA